AUUAUAAUGAGCAGUUGGUCAGUGUGUGUUUAGCUCUAAUUCUCUCUUUGGAUUAAUGUGUGUGUUUGGGUCCUCAGUAAGAAUGCAGGUGUGUUUUCUUCUCCUCCUCAUACAGCUUCAUGUCACUGAAGGCUGCAGACUGGAAGGAGCUGGAGAGACAAAACCCAUCACUGCAUACACAGGAGACUCAGUACUGCUGCCCUGCUCCUGCACUGACCUCCACACCACACCUGGGACAUUCACAUGGGAGAAAUACAUAACAAAUAACUGGGUAGAGAUAUCUCCUGAGAGUGAUCAGUACAAAGACAGAUUUCAGCUGGUUAAUGAUCACUCUUCAGGAAAUCUCUCUCUGCUCAUAUCACACCUGACUGUAGAGGAUGGAGGAGAUUACAGGUGUAAUCUUACAAAAAGUGAUUACAGACAUUUCAGACUCACUGUUGAAGGUUGCACAUUAAAUCAGCAGACAGUGAGUGUGACUGGAUACGUGGGACAGUCUGUCCUUCUGCCCUGCUCUUGCUUUCAACUACAAGCCAAACCACACACUCUCAGAUGGAUCUCUUUUAAAGGAUCUGAUCAGAAAGAAAUCUUCCCAAAGGACCAGACAAAUCUCUACACAGACAGAGUUCAGCUCAUUAAUGAUCAUCAUCCAGGAAAUCUCUCUCUACUCAUAUCACACCUGACUGUAGAGGAUGGAGGACAUUACAGUUGUAGCAUCAAUGCUACAGAUGCAAGUGUCAAACUUACAACAAGAGCUUCACCUAAUCCCAAACCAGGCGUCACAACACAAACCCCAAUGAUCAACGACAAAACAACUGCACACACUGAAACAUCUUCUGAAAAAGAGACUCCCACAAACCCGAAUCCUCACUACACCACAAUCAUCAUCUGUACUGCUGCUGGGGUUCUGCUGCUGCUGAUACUUGCAGGAAUCAUGUGCUGGAAACUCAGAGAACAGAGACGAGGACAGACUGAGACUGAUGUUGGACAAACAGGACAAAGAAGACAGCAGGAUGGGAAGAAUGAUUCUGAUGUUCUGUAUACAGUUAUAAAUCCACAAACACCAUCCAACAAAGAAGAAAAGGAUGAUGUGAUGUACUCGACUGUAGUCCACAGUAACACCAUUACAUCAGUACACACUCCAGUGAUAUCAGAGGAAACCACACUGUAUGCCAGUAUCCAAACUAACUAACACACAUACUGUAUAAAAAAAAGUAAAAGUAAAUGGAUUUUAUUAUUUCUUUUGACACAUUCAUGUUUUUUUUUCUGUGUCUCAUUUUGAUUAUUUUUAGAUCUUUAGAUCAACAGUUUAAUACAGAAAUGUAUAAUUUAUAAUUUCAAUAUACUAUCUAAAGUAUACCAAUCCACAUGACUAAAUCUGUCCCCUUUCCCCACACUCCCAUCAUGUGGCCAAAAACUGUAACUGCUCCUAAGGUAAUGAAUCAACCAUGCAGCAGUAUUCAUAUAAAAAUGAGUAAUGGAAAAUGUAAAGUAAAAAUAAAACUAAAUAACCUGCACUUUACCUUUAAAAAGAAUCGGUCUGUGUGUGACGGAGAGAGAGGAGGAGGAGGAGGAGAGGGGUUAUUGUGUAACGACUUUUACACAAACACACGCUUACUCCGAUGCACGGAUGCUGACUUUAGGAGUGAGACUCAUGUACUGAGACCAAGCAUGGGAGAUGAUUUCCCACAGUCCCGCAGCACAAGAGAGAGAAAGAGAGAGAGAAAAAACCACCAUUGGUUCAGAUCAUUGGCUUGGGAGGAAAGUGUAUCGGACUCCUCGUAGUGCAAAAACCUAGCUUAUUUAUCAAGUUAAAACUUAUUUUAUUUUCUAUUGUUGUGCUACCGGACUGAUUAACUGAAACCCGUGUGGCCGACUCAUUUCUCCAGCACCCUCACAUGCACACAGAAACAAUAUACCUGUCAGGAGAUACCUCUAGAGGGCGUCGUGCACGCAGAGAUUCCUUUUUGUGUCUUUUGUAUUUUUGUUAAUGUGGAACUACAUUUCCCAGAGUGCACCUCAACUGUGGCAUCUAUUUUUAUACAAUACACGUGAGCUACUACCAUGAUUUAUUUGCCUCUUCGAAUGUUUAUAUGUGUGUUUGUAUCUGUGCAAAUUUGUAACUUGAAUGUCUCUAAGUGUGGGAUUACUGUACCUGUAUUGUACCCUGAUAGAUUAGAAAAUGUUGUAGUUACGUUCUUAUUAUUCUUU